CUUCUAGCCAAACGUAAACAAAUUUGUAUUUAUUUGCAUCAAAUUCUGAAAUCGUAAUAUAAUUAUAAACUAAAAAGAUGAGCGAUGCCGAAGCAACAAAAGCUGAGGAAACCCCCAAGGUUUUCUUUAAAAAAUCCGGUCGCAAAAACCUAAGACAACGCAAGAAUUCAGAUGAUGAAGAGCAGGAGGAGCAGCUUACCCUAGACGAGAUCAAAGAACGCCAACGCCUGAGACAGCGACCCAAUGGCGUCAGCUUAGUGGGUCUAGCACUGGGCAAAAAGGUGGCCCCCGAGGAGGAGCUGGCCAUCAAGGAUCCCUUUAAUGUGAAGACCGGAGGUCUGGUUAAUAUGCAGCAGUUGAAAUCGGGGAAGAUGAAGGAGGCUGACGACGCCUACGACGUGGGCAUUGGUACCCAGUUCUCGGCGGAGACGAACAAGCGGGAUGAGGACGAGGAAAUGAUGAAGUACAUCGAGCAGGAGCUACAGAAGCGCAAGGGAGGCGGCACAGAAGCCACCGCGGAUGACGAUGGGGAUGUGAACAAAUACCUGACGCCCGAGGAUGCCGCCCUGUACGCUCUGCCCGACCAUCUGAGGCAAUCGUCCUCGCACAGAUCCGAGGAGAUGUUGUCCAACCAAAUGCUGAAUGGCAUUCCAGAAGUAGAUCUCGGCAUUGUGGCCAAGAUCCGCAACAUAGAGGCCACCGAGGAUGCCAAGCAGAAGCUGCUGCAGGAUGCCAAGAACAAGAAGGACGGUCCCUCACAGUUUGUGCCCACCAAUAUGGCGGUGAACUUUAUGCAGCACAAUCGAUUUAACAUCGAGGACAGCAGCGAUCAAAGAAGACGCAAGCGGGAGGAGAGGGAGGGCAACAAGUCCGCCCAGCAUCAAACGAAUCCCAAUGGAGUCAAACGAGCCACAGAUGACUACCAUUACGACAAAUUUAGGAAGCAAUUUCGCAGAUAUUAAGAGUGCCAUUAAUAAAAAAGUACCAAUGUUUCAAUAUAA